GAUUGUCACAUCUUGGAUAAGAAGUCUCAUAUUGCCAAUGUUUAGUCGGAGAAUUCUAAGGAUUAAGUGAUUAACCAGAAGGAACUCAUCUCGAACAAGGCUUGGACUCUCUAGGGGUGGUCUCAAUCGCCGGAUUGUCUUCAAAAGAUUGUCUAAUUUGACAGAUCGCGUAAUCGUCCCUCCCUGGAGAGGCAAUUACUUUCAGACGGACUAGAGGAUUAAACACGGGUGGAAUUGACCUUUUGGAUGAUAAGAUGGUUUUUCCUUCAUUCGUAAAGACAAAUUAAUGAUCACCAUGGAAGUAUGGAUUUCUUUGACAAAGUGCUGAUAAUUGUUGGAAGGAAAAUGACCUAUGAUUGUAAAACGAGGUACAGCAUUUGUGUCUAACUUGAGAUAUAUCUGUGAUAGCCAUGUUCGAUUAAGGGAAUAUCGUUGUUGAGACUAGAAAAACACGGAAUAUUGAGCGAAAAGUUCACGGAAUUGUGCGGAAUAUCUCGAAUUAUUCUCGGAAUAUCAUUUUACACAACGAAUGGCUUGCUGCCCACUGAACAGGGGAAAUUAGGAAAAUAACAGAAUAAAUGAUAACACUCGAUACGGGAAAUUUCGGGAAUACCUCAAAGGAAAGACGGUUGAUACUGAGACGAAAAAUUACUGAUAUCUUGAAAAAUAGACGGAUUAUCGACGGAAAAUUACGAUUAGAACAGGGAAGUUUACUGAAAAAUCUUAUUUACGGAGCAGGGAAUAUAAAUAGAUCAAAUCAACUUCAAAUUAUCGACGAGAUUGAUUACACCAGUUUCUAAAACAAUCAGGUCUAAAAGGUGUUUUAUCAUUUGAUUCAUCUGCCUCUCUCUUGGCUGUGACAAUGUCUUUACCGGUUAUUCAACAGGGGAUGUCUAUGGCGGGGGUGAGAACACUAAUGCGGCCCCCGGGAUCACCACUGCCUGUGGCCAGGGACAUGACCACCCGUCUGCCCAAGAUUCUCCUGAAGGACACACUUGGAAGAGAGUUGGACACAGAUACGUCGUACCAAAGGUCGAUCAACGCAGCCCGUCAGCUUCUUGCUGAGAACCCCUCCGAGCAGCCGCAAAUCGUCCAGGAGUGGCGACUCCCAAAAGCUCCCGUCCCCGCCCGCCCCGAUUACACUCGGCAUGCCUCGGACCAUGGUCACAAGACAAGGAGGACUGAGGCCACGGAAGGGGGAGAGGGCGGAGAAGAUGGAAAAGCAGAGACGACCAAGUCCUUCAUCAGUGAUAUGCAUAUUGGGUCCCAGAAAUUCAACACCGAAGCGGGUUUCCCGAGUUAUUUGGGGACAAUAUUGGAUAUCUAUACAAGUCAGUUUGCUCCAUCACUGAAAAGCACCGAAUAUGCUCAACUCCUCCACAUCCAGACCCAGUCCCUCCUCAGCUUCCCCGAGUGGGAGUUCUCCAUCUUCGACCCGAACAGAGUCUACCUGCCGUUCUGUGGGUCAGCACAGCUCCAUUCACGCCACGAGAUGCAAAUGAUCUACAAAGAUGACCACCAUCACCGAUUUCCCGGAUCUGGAGGGGGACGGAAGUCCGGUCUGUGCUAUGGCUGUGAGAAAGGUGCAGGACCGCACUACCAUGAGGACAAACGCGCUCGGACUGGUGGAGGAUUUACUUAUUUUCGCCGAGACCGGAGAACAGGGACUGAACAGAAGGUCCCAAAGUACUGGAGACCGACGGAGAAUGAACCGAAACCUAAUGCUCAUAUAUUUUACUCAGAUGGUGAAAGAACACAGUCGCCUUUGACCAUAUCACGGGCGCCAGGCGACAAUGUCUCGGAGAUGACGGCCGACCACUACAAACCUCAUUGGAUGUCCCGGUCAGAACGGGAAGAAACCAGCGGCUAUGAAACUUUACGAGAAGACGAAGAUUCAGCUAGCUACCUUGCUAGUGGGCCUAAAACCUCUGCUAAGUCAUACAAAUCACCGACUAUAUGUGGCACUGAAGUGUCACCUUCUUCGUCAACAUUCCAACAAAAACAUGAGAAAAUGGCAGAACCAGAAGUUGAGGAGAGAGGGUAUUCCUCCCUCGCGAGUGUAAACGCCAUGGAAAAAGCCAAAGAGCGCCUCAAGGAGAGAGCACGAGCCGACAAAAAAAACUCAGAUGCAGCAAUAAUUAAAGAUCAGGUAAAAACUGGUGAUGGGGCAUCACCACAACGUCGAAAAAAGAAGCAUGGUCAGAAAGACGCUUGGGGGAGAUACCGUGCUGGGCGUGAUGAUUCUUCGUCAUCGGGCGUUUCCGAAUCGGAGUCUGAAUGGGAGACAGACAUUGAAGAUGAGAAGAAGAAAACAAAGUUUGAGAAUCCGUACGGUUUGAAACGAAGACGGAGGAAGAAUCUGUACAAGCCACCAAAAUUCUUCAAAGUCAAGCGCACUUCUCGUAAAACAACUGUAGCAAUGGACCCCUUCAGCAAAGACCGCAGUUUCGAGAUGGUGAAGACAGAGACCUUUGCACCAGUCCGUAGUGAUCGGAAACCGACGGUUGCCAAGGACCCAUUUAGUAGCGAUCGCAAGUUCAACCUUCCGUCCCAGAAGGCUUUUGAACUAAAGAAGAAGGAAAGAGAGUCAACAAAAGCUGUUGGGUUCAAUUUUGAUCGGAGCAAGACAUUGUACAAGGAACCGAAGAAAUUUGAAUUGAAGGAAAAAACAAAAACAUCGACUGACUUCUGGGAAGCCCCGGAACGGAAGAAAGACAACUUGGCGUCGCUUGAUACCCCUAAACUAAAGGAGCCACCACCAAGGUCUAUGCUGAAGCCUUUUAAGCCUCCGCCGAGGCCGGAACCCCAACCAAAGACAAAACCUGAGAGGAAGGCACCGGAACCGAAGGUCACCCAAAAGCCAGAACUACAAAGGAAGAAAACUCCCCCUCCCCCACCCCCUAAACCUAAAAUUGAACAUGACAAGACACCAACGGUCAAACCGCCUCCCAAGAAGACAGUGGUGAAGAAAGAAAGAAAACCACAGCCUGUUAAGGUCAAGUCGAAGUCACCAAGUCUGGAGCCGGAAUCUGAGUCCGAAUCUGAACUGCUUUAUAGCGAACAAAGCGAUAGCCCACCCUCUACUACGCCCGAGCCGGUCAAAGUCAAGAAAGCGACAUUACCAACACUUCCACCAGUGAAUGUACCGGAGCCUAACCUGAUCGAAAAGGCACCGAGAGAGCGCCGCGAGACGGUCAAACAUGUCAUCGAGGCCGCGCCAGAGGAGGAGGAGACCAAGAAACGACCACCGCCACCUAUAGUCAAGCGACGGAAAGCACCUCCUGUAAUGAAGAGAAGAAAGGUCCCCGCGGCAAAACCUGCCAGCCCAAAGGGAAUUGAGCUGCUGGACCCAACAACGUUAGAUUAUUUGGCCAAAUAUUGCAUCAUCCAUCCCGACCGCCUCCCCCUUUAUGAACGCAUCUUCAGAGAGGUGGUAGCCAAUCAGAAGUUUAAAUACUCCGACAUCCCAGCAACGAAGCCAGGGCACGAUGACGACGACGAAGACAAUGAUGAUGACGACGACGACGCUGACAGCACCGAAGAAAACACCCGAAAAAAUGGCGGACAGAACGGGCUGCUGCCGCAUGAGUAUAACAUGAUACGAGACUUGACGUUAAUCAGUAGAUCGGCGACGUAUAUUGAACCGGGUGGAAGCAUCACGGAUGGUCACAUGCAGAAACUGAUCUAUACCUUGGAGUGCAUGAAUGAGAAGUACCAAGACAUGCAGAAACGGAUGGAAAGACUUGAGUUAACACGCACCAUGACGCUAGCUGGCCUUAUAAGGGAGAAAUACCCUGACUUAGCCAAGCCGGACUAUGAGCCAAAGGGGAAAAAGAAGAAAGGAAAGAAGGAAAAAAAGAAAUCAGCGAAGGUGUUUGUGACAGAGACGGAUAGAAGUCGAGAAACAACGUCCAUGUCUUCAGGGAGUAAUGUAUUCAAAGGUCACCAGCUCACUGACCAGGAUAUCAUAAACAGACUAGAUCAUAACAAGACAGAACAGUUGUCCUCUAUACCAUCCAUCAGCAAACUCGAUUUAGAAAUCGAACGUUGCCAGGAGAAACUAGGAAGCAUCGAUGAACGGAUGGAUGAACUGGAAUCUGAACGGCGUCUACUUGCUCUGUAUACCCGGGAGCAGUACAUACAGGAGCAAGCCAAGUCCAUGGACCCCGAUUUCAGGCGCAAACAGAGCGCCCUCUUUCAGAAGCUCAAUCCCAACAUGGACCUCGAGAUGAACCUUGAGGAAGUCGAGUCAGCUCUGAAACAAAUAAAUAAUAACUUACUGACGGAGAAAGAGUGUCAGUUUAUAUACCAUAUCCUGGAUCUUCCCGGCCAACCGCGGAUUAACAUGAAGCUGUUUUCGGUUAUAGCGUCACUGUCUGAGAGAAUUAUGGAUUCGGACCCAAUUAUUAGGAAAUUAAUCAACAAAUUCAACUUUGAUGCUUUGGACGUCAAAAUGGCGAAAUGCAAGGAACUAUUCUACCUGUUGUCCGAUCAGGACAUUGAUGCUCCGGAUGGGAAAAUCACUGCACGGAGUCUGGCAGUGGAGCUAGCAGCUGGGGGCGUCUCACCAGAACACACAAAAUAUGUCCUGAGCAAGUUUAACCGAGAGAGGAAGGGAGUUGUUGACUUUUUGGAUUAUCUCACGUAUGUCCCCCUCUUCAUUGAGAUUCACGAUAGGAUUAUCAGUGACCCGCUGAGCGAAUCACGACUAUUCUAGCUGCAGCACCAAAAGAUAGGUGGCGCAGUGGUGAGGUAACUUCGGAAUGAAUUGGGGCUGGUCCAGCUGUGGCUGAGAUGGAAGAGAAGCGUUAUUGAAUCUUCCACCCAGGAAAAAAAUGGCGUUAGCGAGUUGUCCCAAUUUGCGGACCGAAAUGAGGCUGGUGAAAAUGAUCUGCAGGGUGGCCCUGAAUUAUUUUCCCUUGCACAAUAGAAUUCGUUUGUGUAUUCAUUGUGUGAGGGAACAUAAUUCUGGGCCACCCUGUAUGGUGAGAGGAACAUGUACUAAGUCAGACUGUUUUACUCUGCAAAAAUUAUGCAAAUCCUUCAUGUCCUUUAUUUAUAGUCUGGAGAACCUCUCUAUUGAGGACACCCUCAGGACUGACAAGUAUUGUCCUUAAUAGAGAGUUAUCCUGAUUAGAGAAUUGAAUGGAAUCCAACUAAAUGGUGAACAAACUAGUGCCCUUAUUGUUAGUGAGGGUGUCCUUAUUAGAGAGGUAUCCGCUUAGGGAGAUUCCACUGUUGAAUUUUGUGAGGAAGACAUCACACGGCACCCCAGUCUGGACCUCAAUUUUACAAUCCCCCUCCAAUGUGUACAUACUAAAUCGGCGGCCACUAACUAUAGGAACUGUGAUAAAUAAAGACUAAAAUCAUUACUUUUGUAUGCAAUUGUAUGAAAAUAUUUAUUUUGCACAUGAUAUAAGUGUUUGUGUUCG